AUGUUCUCACAAAAAAAGCCCUUCUCGGCCGUCACUGUCACCAUCGAAAACCUUACUUCCGAAUCUUACCAGGAGGACGACUUCAGCGGCAUUCCCGAGCUCGUAGAAGUCAUUGGCCUCCAAGCCUCUGGUCCCACCGAAGCAGCCCGCGCCAUCCGCAAGAAACUCAAGUACGGAAACGUGCAUCGCCAGAUCCGUGCGCUGAUUCUUCUCGACGGGCUUAUCCAGAAUGCUGGGCCUCGCUUUCAGCGCGCCUUUGCCGACGAACCGCUUCUCGAGCGACUGCGUGUCUGCGGUACAUCGGAUCUCUCUGAUCCACAGGUGAAAAACAAAUGUCGCGAGCUGUUCCGAGGCUGGGCUACGUAUGCAAGCACACCCGGCCUAGAGAGGAUUGCUAGGCUUCAUAAGGAACUGCCCAAGCGAAAAGUGGCCAUGACGCAGGCCCGGUCCAAAGUCGUCCAAGAAACCGAGAACCCAUUUGGCGAUGACGAGGAAGAAGAAGCUGCGCGCGAGGCAGAAGAGAGACGCAAAGCCCAAGCAGCAGCUGGACCGUCGACUCAGGCUCAGCCAUUGCAGUUUGGACGGUCACCGGGCAUGGUGGACAUGUCCAGCUCCAAGGAUAAGAAGAAGAAGAAGGACAAGGACAAGAAGAGCGGCAAGGGCAAGAGGUUUAAUCUCGAGGCCGAGCAGGAGCAGAUGAAGUCUGUUAUUGCUGAGGCGUCCAUGGCAUCGACGAAUCUUGUGAAUGCGCUGCAGAGCAUCAAUCGAGAAAAGGAGCGGAUAUCUGACAACCAGGCGGUGAUUCGCAACUUCGAGGCUUGCAAACAGCUCCGAAGACGAGUUCUACGCUACAUUCACCACGUCGAGCAUGAGCAAUGGCUUGGCGGCCUCUUACACGCCAACGACGAGCUUGUACACGCCCUCAUGACUUACGAGCAGCUUGAUCAUGCAUUCGAUGCUGACAGUGACUCGGACGAUGAGAUUGCAGAGCAGGCCCAUCUCUAUCGCAUGGUUGCCCAACGAGGAAAAGAAGAACAGGCUGCUAAGGCCGCCGAGGUGCCGCCGACGAGGCCCCCUCGGCCGACGCAGCCUGCCGACCUGGAAAGCGAGUCUGAGGAGGAAGACGAGGAGGAUGAGAACGACCCGUUUGCAGAUAGGAACGUAAUCAGCACGCCUGGCGUGGAGCAAGGAGAGCCCAAGUGGCACUGA